GGCCGGAACUGACCAAAUCUAUAAAAGCAUAGAACAUUGCCGAACGACAUUCAUUCAGCAUCUGAGAUUUUUCUCGACGGCACCAAUUGAAAUCUAUUGAAGAAAAUUACGUACAUAAAAUGGCGAAACAUAUUAUAUUUGUAGUUUUAGCCGUUCUUUCAUUGCUUGUUGUGGUGAAGGGACACGGUCGAUUAAAGGAGCCUGCAGGACGAUCUUCAAUUUGGAGAUAUCAAAAUACCUUAGAUCUUUCUGAAUCAGACAAAGAAUUGAUCGAAGAAAAUUACGAAGAUAAUGAACUAUUCUGCGGUGGCUUUUCAUAUCAACAAGCACUAGGUGGUAAAUGUGGAAUAUGUGGCGACCCAUAUGACGCAGAUGUAAAAGAAAAUGAAGCAGGCGGAAGAUAUGCAAAUGGGAUCAUAGUUAGACAUUACGAGCAACCUGGUGCAUGGGUUACUGCAGAAGUUGAAAUUACGGCACACCACAAAGGAUAUUUUGAAUUCCGUCUUUGUCCCUGGAAUCAACCGGACGUUUCUGUUGCUGGAUGCGAAAACUGGUACCUCCUUGAUACCGUCAGUCCAGAUGGAACAAAAUGGUUCCUACCUCCAUCAACCGGACAGAGUCAAAUCUACGAAGUUCCUAUAAAACUUCCCGAUGACGUUGUAUGCGACCAAUGCGUUCUUCAAUGGCGAUAUCACACAGGAAAUUCCUGGGGUUGCUAUAAAAAUGGAGGUUGUUGUGUUGGUUGCGGUCCACAAGAAGAAUUUUACGGAUGUGCGGAUGUCUCUAUUCAUGGAUCAGGUGAACCACCUGCUACUACAGAGAUGAAAACGACUUCUACUCUCAUGUCUGCUAUUAUGAGUACUACUACCUCUACCAGUGCAUCACCCACAACAACAACUACAACGAGCGAAAGUACCACAACGACGUCGCCUGGAGAACCAGACGAACCAAUAUGUGAACAUGGUGGAUAUACGAAGAGAGAUUGUACUUCAUUUUACAUGUGCUCUAAUGGAAUCGCGUACGAGUUUGCUUGUCCACCUGGAACUGUUUGGGACGAUGAUAGAAGUCUAUGUGAUCAUCCAUACAAUGUUGUAUCAGAGUGUGGGACGAGGCUACAAUGAAACCUGUAUGAUUGCAGUGACAGAAUAUUAAUGCCAUAUGAAUUCAGUGAUUAAUCAGAUUUUGUGUUUCAAUUUCAACUUCUCGACACGCCUGUAAUUCCAGCAAGUUUCGUGAAAUAUCUUUUCAUUUUUGCUAUUAUCGUUUUAUGAAUUUAUGUAACGGCAUACAAAUAUGUGUUAUAUGUUAUUAUACCAUGCACUAUCAUACGUAUUUUUUCACUUAUUACUUUGCGAUGACACUGCAUAUCGGCAAGUUUCGAUAUUUUUCAAAUCUAUUUCCGAAUCAAACAUCUCGAUUCAAAUAUGAUUCUAUUAAUAACGGCAUUCGUUAUGCAACAUUACAAUUAUAUAAUUCAUGAUUCAUCCCU